AUCCAUAAAUGCUGGAAGAUUUUCUGCUGCCACUUAUUCUCCCCACCACAGGACAUCCAUCAUAAACAGAUACACAGCGUAAUGUGUAUUCUGUGCUUAAUGUGGUUGUCCGAGUCUGCCCACCACUUGUCAGGCUGGUAAAGUGGGUGGAGCGUGUUGCACUGGGACGCUGCUCGAUGCUGCAGUCCCGUCAAAUUCUCCUGCUUCACCUCCAGCAGCAGUACUUCGUCACUGCUCUUUCUCUAAGGUGUCACAUCCCUUUGGAUCUAAUUUACACUAACAAAAAGACAGAAGGGACAAAAAUAACUCCAGUUGCAUUCAACUAAUAUGACCGAAACCACUUGGAAGCAGGGCGCCGGAGCGACAUAGGGGAAAUAGAGAGAGAAUCCUGCUGGAAAUUACGAUGCAUCUCACAGCGCUGGCCUUAAUUCUGGUCGUGACAGGCAUUGCUAAAGGAUGGGAAUGCAACGCAAGGUGCAGCGCGGAAAAUGGGUUUUGUGAGAAGCCGGGGAAAUGCAGGUGUAAACCAGGGUGGCAAGGAGACAACUGUGACCAGUGUCUGCGCUUCCCCGGCUGUCUACACGGCACAUGUGAAAAGGCAUGGCAGUGUGUCUGCGACGAGGGCUGGGUGGGCAGCCUGUGCGACCAGGAUACUCGUCUGUGCUCAUCCAGGCCUUGUGUUGGCAACGCCACCUGCAUAGAGACGGGAGAGGGGGGAUACCUGUGCAUCUGCCCCCAAGGCUACACUGGAGAAAAGUGCCAGCUGAGGACAGGAGGCUGCCACGCUAACAGUUCUCCUUGUCUGAACGGCGGGACGUGUACGGAGGUGAGUGGAUCUGAAGCCUCCUCCUCCUGUCUGUGUCCUCUUGGAUUUUCGGGAGACUUUUGUGAGGUCAGCUCUGAUAGCUGCCUGCCCAACCCCUGCCUCAACGGAGGCAACUGCACCAACCAUGGCCUGGCCUUCACCUGCUCCUGUCCACGGGGCUUCACUGGGUUCACCUGCAACGACACCACUAGUCUCUCACCCUGCGCUGGUCAGCCCUGCGCCAAUGGGAGCACGUGUAUCGGUCAGCCUGAUGGAACCUUUCGCUGCAUUUGUCCCAAAGGGUUGACAGGUCUCACGUGUUCCCUGCAGCACAGACCACGGAGCAGGGCCAAGCUGGGCGGCACCAGGCCCGCAGACCACAGGGCGUAUGCGCUGACCCCACAGCAUUACUCCCUCCCUGCUCACGCCUUCCACAGGCUGCUCAGACCUCCCGAAAGAGACCUGCUGAAGAUCACCCUGAAAGAGACCGUCCACUCUCCGGGAGUCCUGGUCACUCAGGGUCAGCUCAUCUGCUUCGGCAUCCUGGCCCUGCUCACCUGCCUGGUCAUCCUGGGCACCACGGGCAUCGUGUUUUUUGGUCGCUGUGAGACAUGGAUGGCAAAUGCCAAGUACAGCCAGCUCGUACGUCAGCAAAGAGAACACCUGCUGAGAGAAGCUGGAGGCACCAGCCAGGAGGACGUGGAACACUCGGUAAAUAUCAUCCUCCCAGAGAAGAUUAGACUCACCAGCUUUGGAAGAAACUACACCUCCAUCUGAUCCAAUCCCUGCCGUGGUUGACUGAUCGCUUCUGGAAAUGUUUAAUAACAAUGUUUAAUUAAGCAACAAAGGACCAAAAAUAGUUAUUGUACAUUUGUGUAAAUAAAAUAACAAGGUCUGGACUGUGGAGUUUAGCUAUUUUGAAUGUGUCGUCAAACCUGACUCUGGAUUGUAAAAGUAUGUUUUUCUUUAAUGUACAACAUACAAAAAAUGCACUUUUACCUAUUUGUCUGGCAACAACAAUGUUGUAAAUACAUGAAAUAAAGGAUGUUAAUUAGGUCAUGAACAUCUUUUUCCAGAACUUCAUGUAUUGUAGCUCUUGGGACAUUUUUUUUACUUGAUUUGUGCAGCAAUACUUGUCAUCAAAGUUUAUGUGAAAUUGUUGUAUUUAAAACAUUCAUUUAGAGCAAGAGUUUUAACUAUUGUGUGUUACCACCUUUUGGUAUAUUAACGGUGCUUUGAAAAUUGACUAUAAUACAUUAGUGGGAUUUUUUGGGGGGAGGUUUUGUUUUUCC